UGAGGGCUCAGCACUCUGCAUCCCCAGCUGGAGAUGGCCGGGGUGUGUGUGUGUCAGGGCCUGGGAAGAGCUCCCUGCCUGAGGUCCUGGGCCAGAGGGGCAGAGAGCUGGGCAAUGUCCCGGGAUCUGAAUCUCACGCUGAACCCUCCAGGGUUUAGGCAGUGGAAGCUGCCAUUCCUGCAUUGCAGGGGGUUGGGCUAGAUGACCACACGGGUCCCUUUCUAAAGUUCUAUGAAUCUGUGAGCAUCUUGCGGGGGACAAGCUCCAGUGGCCGUACUCUGGCUGAACGCCCAGCCCUGGGAUUGGGAAGGCCCCGUUGUGGGUGCCACCCCAUAGCCAGGCCUGCUGCUCUGUGGGUCCAGGGUGGGGGGGCCUCACUCUGCUGCCUGACGCUGGUGGCCUGGCUUUGCCAAGCAGGGCAGAAAUGGAAAGGAAACAUUUGCCAGCUCUUGGAUUCGCAAUGAAGGUGAAGGAAAACACACAUCAGCCACUUGAGGACGGUUUUGAAAUGCGCUUGGUCCCUGUGGCACUUUUUAUUUUGCAAAACAGCUGUGAUUCCUGCACUUCAGGGGCUGGGCUACAUGAGCCCUGGGGUCCUUUCCGACUCUUGUGAUUCUGCAAUCCCCCGUAACCGUCCAGCUGCUGCGAGGGGUAAAGUGCCUUCAUGGGUCUCUGCUCAUCCUGCAUGAAGCCUCUCCCUGACUUCAGGCCCAGGUUUUUCUGCAGCGCUCAGGGCAUCUGUGGAACUCCCUGCUACCAGGUGCCCAGAAGCUCAGCAGCGUUAUCUGGCUUCCAGAAAGGCAAGGCCUCCCUCCUGCCCCCCAAGUAGCAGCUGCCUCAGAGGCUCCUCAUCCCCGCAGCAAGAGCUGCCCCCAUACACACAUUCACAUGGCUAAAGGGGCCUCUUUCUAUGGGGCCACGUGGGAACUGUGUGGUUGGGCUGGAGCCCAGGAGACCCUUGUCCUUCACCCCUCUGCAGGCCCCUGGCUGACGUCCUGCAUUCCUUUGGGGAAACUGAGGACCACCCUGGCCAUUGGCCAGCCUGCUGUGAUGCCACAAGGUGUUCCUCUAUGCAGGGACCUGGGAAGGUUGUGGGGUGCCCACAGAUCUGCAGCAGGAAAGGAGAAGAGGGGGGAGCCCAGGGAUUGCUGGCCUGCUCCCCGCUUGGAGACAGCGAGCAGGGGUGGCUGGGCAGGGGGCUAAGCAGGACCCCUCUCCCUUGGCAGGCUGGCCAGGCAGCUACUGGCGCGCGAAAAAGUAUUAUGUGGGUGGGCAGGCAAUUUGUUGCACAGGGCCUCCUCCCCGGAAGACCUGAAGGGGUAGCAGUCCAGCAGGGCAGGGAGGCGGUUGCGGGGCUUAGCAAGACGUGCCAAGCAAGGCUUUCAAUCUCUGGGUGACCUUUUUCCCUUCCUGAAACCCUCCCCUGCUUCAGGUUUGGUCUGAAGCAGUCUGUGCCUGAUUGCUCUCAAAGGGAAACCGAGGCAGGGCUGCUAGCCGGGGGAGAGCUGCCUGCUGCUCUUUCUCCCCACAAGAUGGUGACAGUGGGGGGGGGUCUUUGGUGGCCCCAGGGGGCACUGCAGCUCUGCCCUGGCAGGAAGAGGGGCGGCUGGCGCAGCCUUAACUCUGCUGCUGCUUUUGGGGCGCAGGGAAAUUGCCAACCUCCUCCGACUCCUCCCUCUCCUCUGCUUGGGCAUGAAGUGGCGCAGCUCCUACCUGGCGGCUGCUUCUUCCUGCUCCUGAGCCCAAGGAAAACACCUUGUGCAAACAAAGUCAGCUGAGCGGCUGGUGGGGAAUUUCCCUGGGCAGCGGAGCCCACAGGGAGGGCAGGCGGUGCUCUGUGGCCCCUCCAGCCGUAGCCCCACCAUGGCCGAGAGAGGCAGGAGUGGAGCUGCCCUUCCGGACGAAGAGGUCUUGGCCUUGGCGUGGGUCUACCUGGUUGCCCUGGCUCUCAGCCUGCUGGGCAGCGGUUCCAUUGUGGCUGCCUCCCUCCUCCGAAGGCGAUGCUGCCAGGAUCAGCUCUGCCCGCUCUUCCUCCUCUCCCUGGCGGAUCUCCUGGGUGCCUCGGCCCUCCUCUCCGCAGCUGCCAUCCAGCUCCUUCCACCGCGGCUCUUCGUCUCGGCCUACCAAGCCUGUCCCUACCUGCAGAUGCUGGGCCUGAUGUUCUACGCCGUUUCUCUGCUGAUGAUCGUCGUCUAUGCCUACGAAGUGAAGCGAGCUCUGGGGGGCUGGAGGGAGGCCCCUUCCUCUGUCCUGCUGCAGGAGGAGAGCGGCAGGUUCAACGAGAGACUCCGAAUAAAUCUGCCCCGUCUCUUGGCCUGGCUGCUCCCGUUCCUGGUCUUCGUGGUCCUGCUGGUGAUUCGAGGCUCGUCCCUGAGAGAUGUGGCGCCCUGGGCCUUCCCCCCGUUGGCGUUACAGGCUGGCAACGGCUCGCGAGGGUCCCACGGCCUCUACUGCUCCAGCUGCCUGGUCCUCAUCCGCCACUCGCAUGACACCUGCUACAAGUACACAGGCAGGGAUGACUCUGGCAAAGAAGUCAAGAUCUUCUUUCUCAUCUUCGUCUCUCUGGUUGUCGCCUGCUGCACAGUCCUCUACUGCAGGGUGAAGUGCUGGUGUCGCCGCAGGCAGAGAGGUGGCCCCACCCUGACCCUGCCAGCUCCGGAGAGUGACAGCUGUUCCAUCAGAACCCGCAUCGCCUGCUUCUUCCAGCUGGUCUUUCUGGUCUGCUGGAUGCCAGCUUUCUUCCUGUGCCUGCUCUCCUUCUCCAGUCUCCAGCCGGCCAUCCUCUUCCCUCUCUACUUGGCUGUGGCCCUGACCGUCUCCCUGCAAGGCUUCUUGCACAGCCUGGUCUACGGGUGGCUGCGGCAGAACUUCCGCCGGGAGGUGACCGGGGAGCAGAUGCCCCUCCUGGGCCACCUGGGCCAGAAAGCCUUUUUCGAGGACUCCCUGGCCAUAUGCAGGGAGGGCUGAAGAAAGAGGGGAAGGCAGGGUCUCCCCAGAACAGAACGCUGCAAAACUCAGGCAGGGAGCAGCUCAGCUCUGCUUCCCUCCCCCCCCCUGCUGGGGAGGGGGUGCAUUACAAGCCCCUCCACCUCUGGGUUUUUUUGUAAGGGUAUUUUGCUCAGGACUUGAUUAGCCCAGCAGCCAGCAGGAUCACACCAGAGACGCGUAGGAGCCGUGCGCUCUGCUUGCUACAGGGGCUUCAUGUGUUGUGGGGAAAUCAGGAGAUGGUUGUCGCCCCCCCCCCCUUUGCUCUGGGGUCUCACGAUCCCCUGGGGUCCACUUGGCGGUCAGAGCAAAGCAAGAAAAGGCAACCAGGUAUAUGAAAAGCAAGGCGACUAGGAGGCCCAAUCUUUAUUGUUGUCACAGCGAGGUUCCUACUUCUGAAACAGCAAAGGGUGCGACUCCUUUGAAAAGUUUGCCUUUUGCCCAGAGAUCCACUCCCAAAAAGCACUGUCCAAAUGUUGCAAGGCUUCCCAGGAAGAGGUGACUUUUUCAGAAACCUGAGUCCUUGCCUUGUCUCCAAGAUAUCUGAGCAUGGCAAGUCUCCUCUCCUCUGCUCAUCUUUGGACAAACAUGAGCACACCCCUUUGGCGUCACAAAUAACCUUCGCCCCAAUCCAUUCACCUAGUCUCUUGCUCAACGGUUUCUUCCUGGGCAGAUAAGGAUCCUUCCUUCCGUUGUCAGCCCAUUGUGCUGCCCAUGGUCAGGACUCGGGGACUGUGGCUGCAGCCAUGACGUGCUCAGACACUGUUGCUCAGAACCACUUUGGCUCGCUCUGUGUAUGAUUCUGUGACCUUUGGCUUGAGUUCUAUUCAUGAAUAAACUAUUUUAUUUUAAUA